UGAAGUUUCAAAGGCCGCCACGUGAUUUCCAUGAACUUGAGUUGAGCAGACGAGCGGCGCCGGGCAGGGCGACAGCAGCGGCUCCCGGUCUUCCCAGCCGCCGAGCGCUCGCUCGAGAAGAGCAGCUGCGGAAGCCGGCGAAUCGCGGCGGCGGCAGCUGCGGGCAGGUGCACGGGGACUGCUCUGAGGCAGCACGCGCGCCCGGGAUGUCCCUGCUUGGGCUUUCCGCUUAGGCGGCGGCGGCGGCGGCGGCGGCGGCGGGUGUGGCGAGUCCCCCACGCGCGUCCCUGGCGCUCGCUGCCCCUGCGCUGUUUUCUCCGGGACCUUAGGCGUCCUUUGGCCUCCGGACCGGCUGUACAAGGCAGCAACUCUUUCUCUUUGGCCGGGAUGUCUGAUGGGGUCCCCACUGCGGGAAGCAUUUUGCAACGAAGUUCCUCGUCCGAAGGAACUCUGCAGAGCCACGAUGAUGAUGAAAGAAGAGUAAGACGGAGAGAGAAGAACCGAGUGGCUGCCCAGAGGAGCCGAAAGAAACAAACUCAGAAAGCAGAUAAACUCCAUGAGGAAUAUGAAUGCCUUGAACAAGAGAACACUUCUCUAAAACGAGAGAUUGGAAAGCUGACAGAUGAAGUGAAACAUCUGAGUGACGUGUUGAGGAACCAUGAGAAAAUCUGUCCCUUGCUGCACUGCUCCUUAAACUUUGGGUUGAUUCCCAGACAUGAAGCCCUCCUUGGUCCCUUGCCAAGAUAAGGCUCCCUCCUGAGAAACCUGAAGGACUGAGAAGCCUUCAAGACCCUCCACUCCCUUCAUUUGGGCCAUUAUGUUUCAUGAACACAAAUCCUUAAAGCAGCAUGCGCUACCUCUACUGUUACCUUGGGGUCUGCCAGCCGUCAAGAAUGAAUGUUGAUGUUAAAGAGCCAUGGGGCUGCAGGCUUAUGGGAGCAAUUUUCAACUGAGCAGGGUACAUGCUGCGUGUUUCCACUGUGCGUUCCAUACUCAGCAAGGAAUAGGAAACCUUGUGCAGUGGAAGUGCUAGAAUCUGAAGUAUUUUAACUUCAAUCCCAUGUUUUAACUAUGUAGAUGUCUAGUCCUUAUUUUUAUAGAGAAUUUGCUGGUGAUCAUAGGGAAUGGGGAAGAGGGCUCGAAACCAAAGGGAUCGUAGAUGUGACAAGCCAUAGUCAGAGACAGGGACCGCUUCUGCUUCCUAGCACUCUGACUCCCUGUCUGUUUUUCCCUCUUCCAUUUUCUUUGGUGACAAACACCUCAAGUUAUGUGAAAACCUGAUUAUUUUAUUUUAGGAUCUAGCUUUAAGAUUGUUUUUAGAUG